AUGCUUCCGCAGGCCGAUGCAGCCCUGGUCGACGGGCAGAACCGGACACGGAUCUUCCACGGAGUCAACGCCGUGAUGAAGAUCUUCCCGUGGGUGCCCAACGUCGAGGUCUUUACCCUCGAUGACUCUCUCGCCGAGGAGGAUUGGCUCCGGCUCGCCGACUGGGGCUUCACCGCUGUCCGGCUCGGCACCAUGUGGCCGGGCCUCGAGUGGGAGCGUGGCGUGUACAACACCACCUACCUCGAUGUGCUGGAGGAGAUCGUCAACGGCCUCGGAAAGCAUGGCAUCUUCACCUUGCUCGACGCCCACGCCGAUUUGUUCAAUCGCAACUUUUGUGGCGAGUUUGCGCCCGACUGGGCCGUCGCUACCGACGGCGACUUUCUGCCCUUCCCACAGCCGAUUGCCGCGUCGAUCAAGCGCAACGCAUCGACAGGCUAUCCCGAGCUCGACGACUGCCUUUCGCGCCCGUUUUUCGAGUACUACUUUACCCACGCCGUCUCGUACGCCUACCAGGGCCUCUACGACAACCACAACGGGACGCUCGACUCGUUUUUCAAGGACAACCCUUACGUGCUCGGCUACGAGCUGCUCAACGAGCCGUGGGCCGGCGACAUCUACGCCGAUCCCGAGCUACUCGAGUUUGGCGUCGCCGGCCGCAAGAACCUCGCGCCGAUGUACGAGAAGAUCAACGCAGCCAUUCGCAGUGUCGACGACGAGCAUUUGGUCUUCUACGAGGACGCGGUCUCCAACCAGGGCCACGCCGGCUUUGACGCGCCACCCGGUGGCGCCGCCUACGCCAAUCGCUCGGUCUACUCGUACCACAUCUACUGCGCGCCGACCGACAAGUCUGGCGACCCGACCCAUGUUGUCGAGUGCAACCUCGUCGACGACUACUUUGAGAACGUCAAGAUGGCCGACGUGACCCGCCUUGGCGGCGGUGGCUACCUCACCGAGAUGGGCGCCAUGCUCGAGUCACCGGCCGCUGCCGACGCCCUCAACCACCUGCUUGAUCUGUGCGACGCCAACCUACAGUCGUUCAACUACUGGCAGUACAAACCGUAUCACGAUCUCACCACGGCCUCGCAGCCGUUCGACGAGUCGUUCUACUACCCGAAUGGCACGCUCCAGGCCAACAAGAUCAAGGUCCUCUCGCGGACGUACGCGUACGCCACCGCCGGCGUCCCGCGCGACAUGAUGUUUGAUGCCGAGACCGGGGCCUUCAAGUUUGUGUGGGACUCGUGGGGCCACACCAUCGGCCUUCCCACCUCGAUCUACCUCAACGAGGCCAUGUGGUACCCGCACGGCUACUCUGUCACUUUCAUCCCGCGCGAUGGCGCCUCGUACUCGUCGCCGACCCGCAACCAUCUCGACAUUGUCCCUGCUUCCACCUUUCCCGACAGCUCCACGCUGACGGUCGUCAUUACUCCCAAUGAUUCCCAAGUGCUGGCGUGA